AUGGAUUGGUUGCUGAAAACAGUGCAGCCUACAAAGAUUAAUCAGACUGAUAUCUACUCAGUUGUUCUAGAGAAGGUAUCACCUCAGGAACAUGUUAAAUUGGUUACGUUUGUCGAGGUCGUCACUCAUCAAACAGCUCCGCCAGCAAAGUCCGCUCAAAGCAAAUCAGUGAUCUUGGCGAUAAUUUGUAAUGUGGAAUCAGAAUUCGAACAAUCAUCUUUGCUGUUAGUUUCCUGCGCUAGCCAACCGAGUGUCAUUUUGGCCGUCUUACCAAUCGUCUCAGCGAUGGACAUUUCGAUUUCUGAAGUCACUGCUUCGGUUCAGGAACCAACCAGGCUUGCAGAUGACAUCACUCAGGAUGCCCCCAAAGUUUUGCGUUGUAAAUUUAGUAUCGGAGGCGAUCAACUCAUUGAAGUAUCGAGUUUGGAUAGACAAGCGUUGAAAGACGCGAUUUCAGAAAUUCGAAGACUCACGGCGAUUGCUGCUGAGCAUCAAAUUUGGAACCCUGAUCUCCUUGGCCCGUGGAUUGAUCGAUACAUAUCUCGAAAGAAAGCCACAUCCCCAAGCAGCCCAACUGUUUCGCCCGUUGAAGUCAACCUUUCCGUACAAGCUCGCCUAUCAAAGUUGCUCACUUCACCACCCAUCUCCCCCUCUGCAACGCUCAGUACACCCUCCCCCAAUUUCCCGAAACCACCUAGUAUUGCCCCUGACCUACCGGAAUGGAGGCAAAACUGGCUGAAUGAACGACUCCGCGAGCUCGAAGAUGAUUAUGUCACCUCGAAGGAAAUCAAAGUAAGGGUUUGCACCUGGAAUGUCUUUGGCAAACAACCCAUCGGAAGUCUUCAAGAUUGGAUCGUACCGGAUGCAGAGAAGGAUAAAUCUGAUCUCUAUGUCAUCUGUUUACAAGAAAUAGAUGAUACUCCUGAAGCAUUUAUACGAUAUACUCCGCAGCGAGAAAACUUUUGGUGUGAAGUGGCCCAAAAGUCAAUUGAGUCUAUCGGGAUGCAGAGAGUGAUCAAGGUUUCCAGUCAGCAGCUCGUUGGCUUGUUGAUCAUUGCCUUCGUAGAUGAAAGUAUUGCCAAGGACAUUUCGAAUGUUUCAAGCACCUAUCUUGGCACUGGCGCAUUAGGGAUGGGCAACAAGGGCGCUACGGCUGUUCGUCUCAAAGUCUGUGACACUUAUCUAACCUUGGUGAAUAGUCAUCUGGCUGCCUUUCAAGAACAAUAUGAGGCAAGAAAUCGCGAUUAUCUCGAGAUCUGUCGAAGGAUCACUUUUCCGACCCGUCCUGGUCCACCGCGAUCAUUGGUUUCAAUUCCCCAGUUGAGGUUCCCGGGCGAAGGCCCAACUGCGCCACCGCCUAACGCCGAUAUCUUCCGCACGGGACACUUGAUUUGGGCUGGUGAUCUCAACUACCGCUUGAACACCACCUACGCACAGGCAAAGGCUUUGGCUGAAAGCCCAUCAGUUGAAGACUGCAGCGCUUUGUUAUCAUUUGACCAACUUAAGCAACAGAUUGAAACGGGAAAAGCAUUUCAACAGUUCCAAGAAGGCGUUAUUGAGUUCAAGCCGACCUACAAGUUCGAUGUUGGAACCAAUAAUUUUGAUACUAGUGAAAAACAGCGGAUACCUGCGUAUACAGACAGGAUUUUGUAUUUACCGGGAAGGGUGAACGACAUUCAGAUUCUAUCGUACGACAGUUACCCAUCGAUCACUUGGAGUGAUCACAAACCAGUGGCCUCGACAAUGAAAAUGAAGAUCUACACGGUUAUGACGGAGAAGAGAGAUAAGAUGCAAAAUGAGUUGUUAAGAGAGCUAGAUGGAUUGGAAAACGAGGCAUUACCGGACCUCAAAGUCGUGCCCGAAGGGAUCGCAUUCAACUUUCUCAACACUUCUCAAGACGAGACUGGAAAUUCCAAUCUUGUCAUCAAUGGGGGCGAACUGGUGGGAUCUUCCAUUGAAUUAACAAAUCUCAAGAAGUUCUCAGUCGCUUGGCAAUUGGUUCCCAAGAAUGGGGAGUCUAACGUUUGCGAAGAUUGGUUGAAAAUUAGCCAACUCUCGGGUAAUCUGUCCGCAGGUGAAUCAACCCAAAUACAUUUCGCAAUCGAUCCGAUUGGAACCAAUCGACGACGAAGUCAACUUGGAACGGACGACUUGACUGAUGUUGUGAUACUAUCAAUCACAGGCGGAAGAGAUGUGUUUAUACCAAUCAAUGUCGAAUUCUGA